UGUCUCUCUCUCUCUCUCUCAUUUCUUCUCUUUCCCGGCAUUAUAAAUUCUGGUUUUAGAAUCCAAUUCUCAAGUCUUCAAAACUCUCUCCUCCUGUGCCAUCUUCCUCUGCAACUCAAACGGAUUGAAUCACGGUGGUUGAAUCUGUCCCCACCAGCUAAUAUGGUUCGAAGAAAGCGUCAAUUACAACAUAGUGUGGAAGAACAUGGGGAAGAUUGGGAGGAUUCUGUGAGCUCCAAUUCUAAACAAGGGAAAGUUGCAAGCAGUCCAGCUGAUAAUAAAGAAGAUGAACAUAAUUCAGCUACCUGCUCUUUCUUGCCAAAAGGUGUUCAUCAAUAUAAAAUAGCUGCAAUGGCUGAAAGUGUAGCAAAUAAAAACCUUGCAAUGUUCAUUCUCUCUAACAACAUUGCAUUUGAUGUUGUCGAAGCACCAUUUUUUGUUGAUUUUGUGAGAGGAGUAGCUGAAUUUGGCAGUGGGUAUAAGCUGCCAAGUCCUUUGAUGCUCCAGAGAAAGGCUAUGCCUGAAGUUGAAUUGGAAAUUGAGGAAUAUGUUAAAAAAGUUAGACAAUCAUGGGUUGUUAAAGGCUGCACUAUAAUGCUUGGCUUGUGGAACAAGUUCAUGAGUAUAAUUGCUUAUUCUGCAGAAGGAGCUGAGUUUUUGAAAUUGCAGGAAAUUCCAAAAUCCCAGAAAUCAAAACUUGAUUUGGAAGACAUUGUUUCUUCAGUGAUUGAGGAUAUUGGGGUAGAUCAUGUUGUGCAAGUGAUCACAAAUAGUGAUAGAAUUUACAAAUCAAUUGAGAAUAAGCCUCUCAGUAGUCACUCUCAGAUCUUCCGAAUUCGAUGUGUUGCUCAUGAGAUUCAUUCUCUUCUGAAGGCUAUAUACAAUGAAGUUGGAUGGGUACAAGAGACAAUUGAUAAUGCAAGAUUCCUGGUAAAAUGUAUGUAUGAAGAUGGCAUCAUUUUAUCAAAAGUGAAGUAUCCAUGCAAGUCUAAAUUCGCCUCCAACUAUCAAAUGCUGCAGUCAAUUUUGAGUAGCAAGAAUGAACUACAAGAAGAAGCUGCAUUUCGGAAAUUUAAUCCCCAGCAAAAUAACAAGAGAGCAGCCAAGAUAACCAACAUUAUUGUAAAUGGAAACUUCUGGAGCCGAGUCCCUGAGGUACUCAAUGCCAUGGAGCCAUUAAUACGAGUACUUUGUUUAGUAGAAGAUGAUAGACCUACGUUAGGAUACUUGUACGAAGCACUGGAGAAGGCAAGAGAAAGAUUUGAGAGACAAUGUUGUAAAGACAGAACAAAGUAUGGGAAGAUAUUGACUUUGUUUCAAGAAUGGAGAAGCAAUAAAAUUAUCCAUCCAAUACAUGCAGCUGCUGCUUUUUUGAACCCUGCUUACAUGUGUAGAGACAGCUUUGAAUUUAAUGUUGAAAUGAAGACAGGCAUAGAUUUUAUGUUGUCAACCAUGGUAAUAAGUCAAGAAAAGGAAAAUUUCAUUGAAGAUAUGAUGCUCUAUAAAGCAAAGACAUCAAAGAUGUUCAAUGCAUUGGCAUACCAGUUGAUGAAAGUAUCUCAUCCUUGUGCAUGGUGGGAUACUGCUGGGGUCUAUCAUCCAGUGUUAAAGAAGUAUGCAAUACGAAUUUUGAGCCAACCAUGCAAGUGUUCAUGUGACAUAAAGCCUAGUGCAUUUGAAGUUGCACAAAGAAAUAUUAUGAACAAGGCAGUGCCUAUAACGCAAGACAAUUCUGCAUACACAAUAAUGAACGCAAAGAUUAUGGAAAAAUUUGGAUCUUCAGAAGAACAAAUCUUGACGCCAAUUGAUCUAGAUAAUUGCAAUGAGCUCCCUGAUUAUGCUGAUCCACAACAAACUUGGUGGGAUGAUCAAAUGGAGCUGAUUAGUGAAAACACUGAUGAUGAUGAUGAUGAUCAGAUGGACAGUUCUCAUUUAGAUGGCAAGCUGAAGGAUUACACGGGACGACCGUGCCAUGUGAAGGCAAGGAGAAGAUGGAGAAAGAGCAUGAUCGUGAUAUGCACCUCUAUUUAUCUCGGACUACCCAGAAAGAUAUGGAGUAAUAAUCCAGGCCUUGCCCAGCCCUUCAUUACUGAUUCCGUGAUCAAAGUUUCACAUGUCUGUUCUGCUAUGACACGGGCUCAGAGGAGAUGGACAAAGAUCCUGAGCGUGGUCAAAUGGCUCUUCAUCUAUUUGGAAGCCAGAAAGAGGUGACACGGUAUGGAUGUUAGUCAAUCAGAUCUCAACAAGUGUUUGUUGCCAAAUUUUAUCAGCUUAUUCAUAAACCAACACUGUUAAUUAAUUAAUGCAAUAUAUUUUUUUC